ACCGAAUUUACAAGAUUGAGGAACCCCUUUCAUAUCUAUUUCAAUACGAAAUAUCUCGGUAUAACAGCAGGCCACGUCAUCUCUAUGAAUAGCACUAAAGUAAAAGCUCGAGUUCCUGCGUUCGGCUCAAACCGGAAGUAAAAGCUCAGGAAGGCAAUGACAUCCUGCCGUGACGGCUUCCUACUCCGCCAUGACUACUCCUGGCAUGCCAGUUUUCUGAUAGGAUGACGUAAUCCCUUUUGCUGGCUCUCUCCCAUAGCCGGAGCAGCGAUCCUACUAUUCCCCCGCCCAGCUGUCAGAGCGAGAUAUCGCGAUAACCUGACAGAGAGCUGGUGGGAUUUGGCCUUGAGCAAGGUUCAUCCCUUCUAGGGGGGUAAGUUUGUAAACACGGCCGCUCACCUGUCGUGAUACGAGCUGCACGGCUGCCUGGGAGCGCGCGGUACAAACAUGGCGGAACGUAUAGAACCGUAAGGUGUAUGUCACCUGUGCGGGGGACCGGAGCUGCUGCUGCCCCAGGUGCUAGGACUGUAACCUCCACCCUCCAGACCGCACUCUAUGUCAGGUAGUCACAAGGUCCUGAAGAAUAUGAGUGAUGACAAACCAUUUGUAUGCACUGCCCCCGGAUGUGGCCAGCGUUUUACCAAUGAAGAUCAUUUGGCCGUACACAAGCAUAAACAUGAGAUGACGCUGAAGUUUGGCCCGGCCCGAAACGACAGUGUAAUUGUUGCAGAUCAAACACCAACCCCGACGCGGUUCCUAAAGAACUGUGAAGAAGUUGGUCUGUUUAAUGAGCUUGCAAGUCCAUUUGAGAAUGAUUUUAAGAAGGCCUCAGAUGAUGACAUUAAGAAGAUGCCCCUGGACCUAUCCCCUCUUGUAACACCUGUUAUAAGAAGCAAGAUUGAGGAACCAGCUGUUGUGGAAACAUCACAUCAGGACAGUCCAUUACCUCAUCCAGAGUCUACCACAAGUGACGAAAAGGAAGUGCCAUUGCCAACCGCACAGCCCACAUCUACCAUUGUUCGGCCACCAUCACUUCAAGUUCCUAAUGUGCUGCUUACAAAUUCGGACUCAAGUGUUAUAAUUCAACCAGCGAUACCUUCACCAACAUCUAGCACUGUAAUAACCCAAGCGCCACCUUCUAACAGACCCAUAGUACCAGUUCCAGCUCCUUUUCCUCUAUUGUUACAUCUACCUAAUGGACAAACCAUGCCUGUUGCUAUUCCUGCCUCAAUCACAAAUUCCAAUGUACAUAUACCUGCUUCAGUCCCACUUGUCAGACCAGUCACCGUGGUGCCUACCAUCCCAGGGAUUCCCGGCCCUCCAUCUCCACCACCUGUUCAGUCAGAGGCAAAACUGAGACUUAAAGCUGCCCUGACCCAGCAGCAUCCUCAGGUAACAAAUGGUGAAACCACCAAGGGGCAGGCGAGUGGGACUGCAAAGACACAGUCAGAGGAAGCUCAUCCACAGUCCCUACAGCAGCCUGCCACAUCAACUACUGAAACGCCGGCAUCUCCAGCUCCCCCCGCACCACAAACUCAAAGCACAGGGGGACGUCGGAGGAAAGCAGCAAGCGAUGACCCAGAUGAGAAAAGGAGGAAGUUUUUAGAACGGAACCGCGCUGCUGCUUCCAGGUGUCGGCAGAAGAGGAAAGUGUGGGUGCAAUCCUUGGAAAAGAAAGCCGAGGACCUGAGUUCCUUUAAUGUGCAGCUACAGAAUGAAGUCACCCUGCUGAGAAAUGAAGUGGCGCAGCUGAAACAGCUUCUUCUGGCUCAUAAAGAUUGCCCUGUAACCGCCAUGCAGAAGAAAUCUGGCUAUCAUAUAGAUACAGAAAAGGAUGAAAGCUCAGAAGACAUUUCGAUGCCUGGCAGCCCACAGACCGAAGCAAUUCAGCACAGUUCAAUCAGCACGUCCAAUGGCGUGAGCUCCACCUCCGUGGCAGAAGCAAUAGCGACAUCUGUUCUCACCCAGAUGGCAGAUCAGAGUACAGAACCAGCUGCCGCACACGCUACUCUGGCCCCUCCUCCUGCGCAGCCUUCAGGAAGUUGAUGAACUACGUCUUGUACCACGCCAGGUUUUAGCAGACGAUUGGUGACUUUAGAGGGAAAAACAGCAAAAUGCCAGUCUUUAUCUUAAGAGGUGAAAAUAACAUAAACUCUUAUUUUAUGUUUUACAUUGUCGCCACUAUGGAACAAGUUCUGCCCUUCCUUUUUUUUUCCCUUUCAAUCAAUUAAUAUGAUCACUUUCUCUCUAAAAAAAAAAAAAAAACAUAUGUAUCAUAUGUUUGACUAUAGCGGGUUAAAAAACAAACAAAUAAAACAACAACCCUCUUCUCAUGUUGCGAAUAUUGGGAUGAUCUGAGACCCAGGGCAGACACUAUGCUCAGUAUAACUACUAUGUCACCUUUAUACCAAAGUUGCAUAGUCCCUUUUGAUCUUUGAUUGUUAAGGUCAUAAAUGCACUAGGCAUGAGAGAGAAAGACAAAAUCGCUUUUUUGCUCUUAAUCUUUUUGCCGUUUCUUUUCUUUAUAAUUUGCACAGUAGAAAAGGAGAAUAGUCGUGGAUAUGAAUUCUACAUUUUGAUCGUAACUUAUUUUUCCACUUUCUAAUUGCACAAAAUCUGACUGGUCUGAACAUUGCCAUUUUUUUUACAUUUCAAAUGUUAAAAACAAAACAACAAAAAUAAUAGCUUUUUUUUUAUUUGUAAAUAUUGUAGUUUAAGUGCAAUACUUCUUUAGUUGCCUUUCUUUUUCUAUCUUUCGUUUUAUUUUUAUUAAUUUUUGUUUUUGUUUUUGGCAAAGCUACUGAAAACAUUAAGAAGAACCCCCAUGGAGUUUAGUUUUAUUAGAAACAAGCAGGAGAGUUAUAGGAACUACACCUCUGUAUAUGCUGGCUCCCUGAAGAUUUUACUUACUGUACAUUUGACAACCGGGAAGAGCCAACAUAAAAUAGACAACUUGGAACGUAGUUUUUUAUUUUUUUCAUUGUAUUUGCAAGAUGAGUUGUACUUGACUCUUGUGUAAGCACUUUCUUUAUUCUGUAGCAGACGUGUCUUGUGGGGAGACAGACCGUCGGGUUACUUUGAAGGAGUUCAGUGGCAAUAUAUGUAUGUAUUAUAUAUAGCAAGGCGCUCAAUGUUAUUCUAACCUCCUUAUGUACUAUAUUGCAAAUUUGCCCCCUUAAAAGGGUAUUCCAGGAAAAAAAUUAUUUUUUUUAGAUCAACUGGCUCCAGAAAGUUA